AUGCCUCAUCUACCAAGUGUCUGCUUGGGAUGGGCACUCUGGGUUUACGACAAUGCCGCUAUGGCGGGAUCCACCAGUAUUGGCGGACCUACCGAACGUGGAGGUCGGGAGCAAGCCGAGCAUACCUUCGCCGGGUCCGUCUUGAAGCCUUAUGUUGAUCGUUUGGUUCGGAGUCAGUCUCGAGAAUGA